CUAUGGUAUCGUGAUAGGAAAACAGCAAGGAUUAAUGUGCUUUGUGAGUUACCCUCGUGUGUUGGUAGUGGCGUGUACCACAGUUUGCUUUGCCGAUUGCGAAACGUGAUUGGUAAACGGUUUGCCAGAAUACCCUGACCACACAUGAACCAACACCGAAUACAGGGACAAAUUUAAAUAUAUAAAUACAGGAAGAGCUCUGACAUCACUGUAGUUCAGUUAGAGACUCAGAGAAAGUGAAACUAACUUGAUCAGCAACCAUAUUGACUCCUGAAACGAUCAAAACAACAGAAUACUGAAUCGUUCAAAGAACCUUGUGGACACAUCUGAUACUCACAGCAAUGUCAUCUUCCAGUGGUUCACUAACUGAGGAGCUUCAGUGCUCUAUAUGUCUGGACGUCUUCACUGAUCCAGUCAGCACUCCAUGUGGACACAACUUCUGCAAGACCUGUCUGAAUAAGUGCUGGGACAACAGCCAAACCUGCAGCUGUCCAUACUGUAAAGAAACAUUCAAGCAAAGACCUGAUCUCAAGAUUAAUACCACACUCCGAGAGAUUGUAGAUCACUAUAAAAAGAAAAGUCCUGAGAAAAAGCCUGAAGUUCUGUGUGACAUCUGUGAGGAAAGAAAGCUGAAAGCCCUGAAGUCGUGUCUGGUGUGUCAGAGCUCUUACUGUGAAACUCACCUGGAGCCCCAUUUGAGAGUGGCAGGUUUGAAGAAACACAAACUGAUGGACCCUGUGAGUAAUCUGGAGGACUAUAUAUGUCAGAAACAUGAGAAACCUCUGGAUCUGUUCUGUAGAGAUGAUCAGACAUGUGUGUGUUCAGACUGCUCUGUGAAAGACCACAAGAACCACAACACUGUUACUAUAGAAGAGGAGAGUGAAGAGAAGAAGACUGAACUGAUGAAGACACAGAAAGACCUGCAGCAGAUGAUCCAGGACAGAAUCAAGAAGAUUCAAGACAUCAAACACUUCGCAGAAGUCAGAAAAAGAAACACAGAGAAGGAGAAAGCAGCUCAUGUCGAGCUCUUCACUGAUCUCAUCCGCUCCAUUGAGAGAUGUCAGACUGAACUGCUGGAGAUGAUGGAGGGGCAGCAGAAAGCAGCAGAGAAACAGGAAGAGCUGAUUGAAGAGCUGGAGCAGGAGAUCACUGAGCUAAAGAUGAGAAACACUGAGCUGGAGCAGCUCUCACACACUGAAGAUCACCUCCACCUCCUACAGAUUCACUCAUCCCUGUGCAGCUCUAGAAACACCAGGAACUGGCCUGAGAUCAGUAUUAAGACUCAUGAGAGUCUGGAGACUCUGAGGAGAGCUCUGACUCAACUGAAGGACACAAUAGAUGAGAAACUCACACUAACUGUGGAUGUGACUCUGGAUCCUGAUACAGCUCAUCCUAAACAAGUGAGAGAUGGAGACAUUGAUCAGAACCUGUAUAUAUAUUUAUAUAUAUAUAUAUAUAUUACACACUAG